UUGGCACUGUAUCGAAUCGCGCAUGCGCACGUUAAAAAACACCCUUACCUGAGAAGAACUAACCAACGAGUGUUGAGAAAUUAAAAAAAUGAAUUUCCAUUGAUCUUCGUUCAUAACAGAUAAAAAGGAAUUGGAAAAAAUUGAUACGAUGCAAACACAAGGAGCUAUGAAAACGUUUCUUAGCGCCUCAAAAACCGCUUUGUCCCAAUUGUCGUUCUACCAAACAAUUCGUAUCGUCCUGGGAAAUCCGACAUGUGAUUUGGAUUCUGCUGUAUGUGCUCUAGUCCAGGGCUUGCUGGAGUAUACUGACAUUAAGAAGCGUGAUCUCACAAACGUCGCCGUAUUACCUGUCAUGAAUAUCCCAGAAAAAGAGUUUCGCAUUAAGACAGAAGUGGUUUACAGCCUAAGGUCUCAUAACAUUCCGUUGAGCUUACUAACAUUUAGAGAUCAGAUUGAUUUGCAAAAUGUACAGAACGACACUAACAAGCAGCUGGAGCUGAUCUUAGUUGAUCAUCAUACUCUUACAAGUGAAGAUGUUGCAUUAAAACCUGCAGUUGUAAUGAUUAUUGAUCAUCGCCCACUGGAUCCAGCCUGUUCAUGGCCUAAUGUGUUGUUAAACAUAGAAACUGUUGGCAGCUGUGCCACUCUUGUCGCACGCAAUGUUUUGCAGAAGAAUCCUGAUAUAUUGGAUGCACAACUUUCAAGCCUCUUGAGAGGUCCAAUAUUGAUUGACACUUAUAAUAUGUCGGAUGAAGCUGGUCGAGCAACUGCUACUGAUGUCGAUGUUCUAAAUACUCUUGAGCAAUUAGGUAAACUCACAUCUGAUAGAACUGAGACAUUUAAGAAGAUUAUGCAUGCAAAAACGGACAUCAGUGAAUUGACCCUUGAAGAACUUAUGAUUAAAGACCUAAAAAUUACGAAUGGGAUACCUCUCGUUGGAUUUUCUCUCCUAGUAGAAAAUUUUCUCAUGCAAGAAAAUGCGAAGGAGGUCAUUGAAAAAUUUGCUGAUGAAAGAAAUUGCAAUGUCAUUGUUCUUAUUGGGCAGGAUGUAAGCGAGGAACGUGUAUCUAGAGAUAUUGCAAUUUUUUCAACAUUAUGUAAGCAAUUAGCAAAUGAUAUAAUUCAAGCAUUGACUGAAUCCACUCAACCAUCUCUAAAUCUAGAAUUAAUCAAAGAAGUUCGAGAAGAGAAGUAUAACCUCUGUUUGUACAAACAAGGAAAUGUGAAGUGAAACCCCGCCGCUGUCGCCAUUGGCUGUUGGAACGUCACACCCCUCGGCGUUAUCACGUAUCAUCCCCGAAAGGUCCUUUCUUCCUGCGAUAUCGUAGUGACCGUUGAGAGUGGUGGAGAGCGAUGCCGUGACUAUCGGUCACUCCUCGCUUGCACGAAUGUCGCGGUGAUGUGCGGGACGCGUCGUGAAGACCGUGCGCAGCAAUUAUUUUGCGGCAGAGAGAUGCGGAAAUGCGUGCCAAGCGGAGCAGUUAAAGCGCCAAACUCGACGAGCGAAAAAGGCGUAUUAUUAACGAGACGCACGUGUUCCAUUUAAAAUUAUGAGAUUGGUCUCGGAGCGUCGGCGGCUUUUCUCAAACAGUAAGGACGUCGUGCAGAAUUUGAAAAAUCGGCAAGACCCGACGCGGGAGUCUCUAACAGUUUCCUCCCCGAAGCACGGAAUUGGCCGCGAGGGCAAAA